GUCACAAAAAUAUAGCCUUGUGAAGCGACAACAUCAUAAAGAGAAAUAAUUAUCACUGCAGUGCGUAUCGUUAAUACGUAUACUAUUCACUAGAUUCUUCCGGCCGCAACGGUAUGCAAACAAUGAUUUAGACCACAACGAGAACCAACCACUGCCUCUCUAGGAAGAUGUCGCCCUCUGCUAUGGACCUCGAUGCGCCUGCAUCAGAGCAACAGAACUCAAUAUCUCCUCCUACCCUAUAUCCUGCCAAAGAUCUUCACUUUGACAAAUACGUCGAUCCUCAGCCAGACGGGUAUCGAACGGCCAAAUCGCGGGGGUCUGGUCAAGCUGCGAUAGUAAUUGAUAAUGGCUCAUCGGUGACUCGAGCUGGCUGGUCCUUUGAGGACUCGCCGCGUCUUAAUAUCUUGCCGCUUUUCUCGAAAUAUAGAGACAGGAAGAUGGGAAAAACGUACUCAUUUGUUGGUGCCGAUGUCUAUGCAGAUACUACAGCUAAGGGCCACAUGAGAAAUGCCUUUGAGGCGGGAAGCGGAAUUGUUAGCAAUUGGGAUGUUAUGGAGCAGGUAUUGGAUUGCAUCUUCCUCAAAUUAGGAGUUGAUUCAGAAGGCAGUGUGGACAUGCCUAUUGUUAUGACGGAAGCUGUCGCAAAUUUACCAUAUUCAAGAAAAUCUAUGACGGAAAUCAUAUUCGAAUGUUAUGGAGCACCAUCUGUGGCUUACGGAAUCGACUCUCUAUUUUCUUACGACUACAAUGGGGGCAAGACAGGACUUGUUGUAUCUUCUUCCCAUAGCUCUACACAUCUUAUUCCAGUUUACAAUUCGAAAGCGAUGCUUACUCAGGCAACAAGAUUGAAUUGGGGUGCAUCACAAAGCGCCGACUACCUCUUGAAGCUCAUCAAAUUAAAGUAUCCUAGCUUUCCUGGAAAGCUGGCUGCUACUCAAAUGGAAUACAUGGUACAAGAUCAUUGUUACCUAUCACGAGAUUAUGAUGAAGAAGUGAGCAAGUAUCUCGAUUGGACAGGAUUGGAAGACAGAGAUCGUGUCAUCCAAUAUCCGUAUACUGAAGUCAUCGAGGUACAAAAGAGUGAAGAGGAGUUAGCUAAGAUCGCAGAGAAGAGAAAAGAGAGUGGUCGAAGAUUACAAGAACAAGCCGCAAAAAUGCGACUUGAGAGAUUAGUUCGCAAAGAACAAGAACUUGAGUACUACAGACAUUUGCAAGGCAAGUUAGUAGAUCAAACAAAGAAGGAAAUUAAAAGAUUACUUGACGCCGAAGAGUUGAAAGACGAAGCUGCUCUCGAGAAAACCAUCAAGGAACUCGACAAAAGCAUUCGUAAGGCUCGAACCAAGGAUGUCGGUGGACCCGAAAUCGAGGAGGAAGUCGAAGAACCAGAUUACUCCAUGCUUGAAAUUCCAGAUGAGCAACUAGACGAAGCAGGCCUCAAACAAAAACGUCAUCAACGUCUCAUGAAAUCUAAUAACGAAGCUCGCGCCCGCGCCAAAGCAGAAAAAUUGGCAGAAAAGGCUCGAAUUGCUGAAGAACAACGCAUUGAUGAUGAAAAACGAGAAAAUGAUCUCGAGGGCUGGCUUCAAGAGCGUCGAGAAGCUCGAGCUAGCAUGCUUCAAAAGAUUAAGGAUAGAGAACGUCUCAAGGCAGACCUAGGGAACAGAAAAAGUCUCGCAAGUCAAAUCCGCAUGAAGAGUAUUGCAAACCUAGCAUCCGAUAACCCGACCAAAAAGCGUCGUCGUGGAGGCGAUGAUGACAAUUUCGGACAAAAUGAUGAUGAUUGGGGAGUCUAUCGUACCAUCCAAACUGGAGAUGGCGGCAGCGAUGACGAAGAAGAAGAAGAUCCUAGCGUUCUUCUCAAAACCCUCGAAGCGGAUCUCCUCAAAUAUGAUCCCGAAUUCACGGAUCAACACACAUUCGAUGCGCAAACCGAUUGGACUAAAUCCCUUAUCCAUGCUUUUCUCCGCGGUCCGCGUCCAUUCAACCCAGCCAGUACCGCGGAGGCCCAUCAACUCCAUCUCAACGUCGAGCGGAUCCGCGUCCCGGAAGUUAUUUUCAACCCCAGCAUAGCCGGGCUGGAUCAAGCUGGAAUCGUGGAAAUCGCAGCCGAUAUAUUGAAUCAGCGAAUUUCAGGACCAGGCAUAAAUCAGAAGGAUUUUCUGAAAGAUAUCUUUUUAACGGGGGGAAAUACCCUCUGGCAAAACUUUGAUGAGAGAUUGAGAGAGGGAUUGAGAGCGAAUUUGGAGGCGGGCACGGAAGUCAAGAUUCGUAGGGCGAAGGAUCAAUUGCUGGAUGCGUGGAAGGGAGCUGCGAAAUGGAGUUGUGGGGAGAGGUGGAAGGAAGCGAGGGUUACGAGGGAGGAGUAUCAGGAGAAGGGCGGAGAGUAUCUUAAGGAACACGAUCUCGGAAAUGCAUAUUCCUGAUUAAUCACUCAAUCACUCAAUCAAUACCUACCUACCUACCUACCUACCUACCUAAAUCAAACAAGCAAAUCAAAAUCAAAAUCGGUAAUCGCAACAAGCGAGGAGAGAGCAUAUCCUAUCCUAUCCUAUCCUAUCAAUCCAAGUAGUUACCUACCUACGUUUAACUCAAGAUGAGAUGAGAUGAGAUGAGAUGGGUCAAUAUUGAUAUGAUAUGGGUUAUACAAGUUAGGAUUUGGUUGGGAUUUGGUUCCGCAGUUUGUAGUUCAGGCGUUAGUUAUUUUAAUUUAUUAUGAUUAUAUUUAUAUUUUUUUUUUCUUCUUUUUUUUUUGGAGAGGAGAAUAAAUGCAGAAAGAUAGACAGAUACAGAGAUACAGAGAUAGUAUAUGUGAAGAAUUUCCCAUCA